AUGGCAGAUCCCCCUGGCUGCUGCCAGCCCUGUGCCACCUGCCUGCUCUGCCUUUACAGCUGCCGGUGGGUCACUGCCAAGAAGGAGAAGAGGAAGGGCCUGAGAACCACCCAGUGCGACUGCAGCUGGUUUCUUUUCCUCUUCUGCGUCUUCCUCUUCACACUGGUGUGGCUCUACUUCGCCAUCAUCAUCCUCAAUGAUUUCCACAACUUCAAUGAGUUCAUCUUCAAGCAGAGGAAGUUGUGGCUAGACUGGUCCCUGGUCCUGCUCAUAGCGACGGCUGUGCUGUUCACCUACUCAGCUGUGUUGCUGGUCCUCGCUUUGUUCUUGCAGCUCUGCGGCCAGCCCUUGAAGCUACACUGGCUGCACAAGACCCUGUUGAUACUAACUGCCCUGGUGGUGGCUGCAGCCUUCACAGGGCUGGGAAUAAAGUGGGCGGAGGAGUGGAGAAGUGCACGUAUCUCCCUGCAGGCAACAGGUCCCUUCCUACACAUUGGAAUCGUGGGAGGAAUGACGCUCCUUGCCUGGCCCCUAGCCAGCUUCAUCUACCGCUCCCGCAACACAGGUCUCAAGGUGUUUCUGCUGCUUGUGUACUGUGUGGUGAUGAUCGCGCUGUAUCUGGUUCCCCUGGGAAUCACCUCCCCUUGCAUCAUGGAGGAGAACCAGCUGCCUCCCAAGCCAGCCUUGGUUGGCCACCGAGGAGCCCCCAUGCUGGCCCCCGAAAACACCCUCAUGUCACUGCACAAGGCGGUGGACUGUGAUGUGCAAGUCUUUGAAACAGACGUCAUGGUGAGUGCUGACGGGGUCCCGUUCCUCAUGCAUGACGACGAACUCACCAGGACCACCAAUGUGCAGGCUGUGUUCCCCGAGAGGGCUGCUCUGAACAGCACCACCUUCAACUGGACAGACCUCCAGCAGUUGGAUGCUGGCAGCUGGUUCCUGGAGCGGAAGCCGUUUCCCACUGUGCACAGUCUUUCUGCUGGUGAUCGCCACCAGGCAACUAAACAGAGGAUCCCAUCCCUGGAGCAGGCGCUAGAGGCAGCCAAGCAGAGCAAUAUCUCCAUCAUGUUUGACCUCCGGCCUGAGAACCACAGUGACUACCAGAGCUUCGUCAAUGCCACCCUGAAAGUGAUCUUACAGUCAGGCAUCCCAUUACAGCAGGUCCUCUGGCUGCCAGAUGCAUUCAGGGAACAGGUCAAACAGCAAGCCCCAGGUGUUCAGCAAGUUUAUGGACGGAAGAGACUCCAGAAUGAGAAGGAGCCGCUGCUGCAUGUCAAUCUGCCCUACCAGGACAUGAGCUCUGAGGAGAUCAGGCAGUACCGCCAGGACAACAUCUCUGUCAACUUGUAUGUGGUGAACCAGCCCUGGCUUUUCUCCGUGCUGUGGUGCUCCGGGGUGACCUCUGUCACCACCAAUGCCUGCCAGGUGCUGAAGGAGAUGAAACACCCCAUCUGGCUGCUUCCCAGCAGCACAUACCUCAUGAUCUGGAUUGUUGUAGACUGCGCUUCCUUCCUUGCCAUCCUCUGGGCCUUCUUCUUGCUGAAGAAAUGCUCCCAGAGAAGACGGCCAGCGGAGUCUGAGACUGACGUGCUGCUCACAAAGAUCAACAGCUUGAUGCAGGAGUAA